GAGCCGUUGGAGCUUCGGUGGUGGGGCGGAAGGAGCUGGAGGGGGCGGCGGCGGCGGCGUUGUCGGUGACGCCGCGCGAGGGCCCGCGUGUUAAAACUGAGGGCGUCCGGGCGGCGGACGGCUGGCAGCGGGCCGCAGGCAUGGGGUCCCGGGUGCUGCAGCUGCUUCGGCAGGGCGUGUGGGCCGCGCUCACCGGGGGCUGGUACCACGACCCGGAUCAGAGCAAGUUCACUAACAGCUGUCACCUCUACCUGUGGCUGUUCUUGCUGCUGCUGCCCCUGGCCCUGCACCUGGCUUUUCCUCCAAAUGCCAUCAGUAUUUUUUACUGCAGCUCAGUGACGAUAUUCUUCACCAUAAUCAAAUUGGUCAGUUAUUGCCUACACCUCAUGUUUGAUAAAGGAGAAGUGAUUCAGCAAAGGCCCUCCAGAAAGAAAGAAAAGCCAAAUAAAGACAAAGAGGCCAUCAGUGACCACAUAACCAAUCAUAAAAAUGCAGGCAAUAAUGGGCGGAUUAACAACGGCAAAAAGGAAGAGGCCAGUGGAACCCUCUCCACGCCUCCCCUCCACGGCAGCUCCAGAGGACAGAGGAUAAACCCUCAUCACUCAUCUGGGCUCCUGGAGCUGCCAGCCCAGGAAACAGUGGAAGAUCUCAAAGGUGUCAUUGUGUCAGAUGAGCAACCCGUAGCACCAGUGUCAUCGACAGCACCUGGGAUGAAAACGGAAAGCUUACCUGCUUCUGAAGGGCACGUGCGGGAAACCAUGACCACGUCAGCAAUACCAGUGAAACCAGUCGUGGCAGAAACUUGCAUCAGUGAUAAAGAGAUGGAAAAAGGGGGCCCGGGGCAGCCUCCCUCCUGCCACAGAUCCGAGGGCGGCUUGGUGGACAAAGAAGCCGCCGUGAAGAGGGUGCCCUACCUGUCUUUGUCUCAAUACGACUUACUGGAGACAGACGUUUCUUUCCAGCCUUGGGGGAGUGAGAAUUCCGUCCUGAUUGCAGAACCUGGGAAUUAUACCUCCAUCAGGGAACAGUUGCACAGGAAGUCGCCUCAGGACAGCCUGAGCAGUAGCUGCCCUCAGUGAGACACGGUCAUCGCCAAACCUGGGCGGGAGCAGGCUUCCCAGCAGGUGGACCCACCCUUGAACCAGGAUGUGGAUGACUCCGAUAAUGAGGUCGCUGUCACUCUCAUAGAUACUUCUCAACCCGGAGACCCGCUGAGUCUGCACGAGCCCAUUAAGAUUGUCAUCACCAUGAGCAGUACCCCCAACUCCAUGAGAGGCUUGGAAAGUUCUCUCCAGCUGAAGGCUGAGGGAACUGGGUUCAACUGUUAUGCUGAGCCAGUUCCCCCAGGGGCCGCUGGUGCUGAGAAACAGAUGAGAAUUCCCGUCAUCACCCUUGAGCUGUCUGAGGGUGGAGGAGGAGGUAUGGUGCGUCCCGAAGGCAGUGGAAGUGACAGGACGCCGGAGAGAUUGAAGGUGGAGGCGUCUUCCAAUCCGUGUUCUGGCUAUGAAUCUGGGGACGGGGGCGAUGCCACACAGGACCACAGCCCUUCCCCAAGAGACCCCUGUACAACCCCGUCACCCACGCCUGAUGUGGUCUCCGAGUCUGAGGGGGACAUGGAAGUCCAGGCGAACCUUAACCCAUCAUCUUGUAGAACCAGCCAGGAAAAGAGACACUCCCAAGUCCUCAGUGUAGACAGCGGGACAGACGUAUUCUUGAGCAAAAGUUCCGCAGAAGUUAUUAAAGAUAAAGAGCAAACAAUGCCAACUUCCAAAUCUGACCUGGAGGCCAAGGAAGGACAGAUACCAAAUGAAUCCAACUUCCUGGAAUUUGUCUCCCUGUUAGAAUCAAUUAAUACUUCCAAGGUGGUGGUAUCCAACCAAAGGAAUGAGCCGGCAGAGCAGAGCAAAGACAGUGGGCUUCUUGGAGAUAACUGUUCCCAGGAGAAGAAGGAGGAAAUCCUAGAAAGUGAGAAACCCAGUGGACCCAAUGCCAAGCAAGGAAAACCAGACAUGCAAAGUCAAGAGCACACCAGCACCAGCCCCGGGCUCUCUGAGCCUGCCAAGAUCCCGACUCUGUGGAUAACUUACUUAUAUAGCUUCAUGCUGGUGCAGCCUCAUUUACUGGCUGCUGCUUUUAAUGCUUUGUUAAGGGUAAGGAGGUGUUCCACAUUGUUUUUGAAAUUUUUAUAUAUGUUAAGUUUCCAGGGCCGUAGACAAAGGCAGAUAAUCUACAGGGUAACUUCCCAACAAGAUAGUUCUGUGUUGCAAGUCAUCAGUGGGCCAGAAACAUGUGUGCAAGAUGAGAUGUCUGUGGAUGCGAUGCAUGUCUUUAUUGAUGAACAUGGGGAAAUUAAAUCCUGUUACUUAAAGUCUGGAAAUCAGAAAGAAGGCCCUUUCCAGCAUCAGCCAUCAAAUUAUGACGGCUUCUCUCACGCUGGAGACAUACAGAGCAGCUCGUCCAGUACCACAACUUCCGAGAGUCAAGAUCCUUCUUCAGGGGACCCUGUGGUCAGUGCCUUGCAACAACAGCUGUUGCUGAUGGUGGCUCAGAGGACCCAGUCAGAAACCCCACGGCAUGUGAGUCAGGAUCUAGAAGACUCUUCCUGUUCUUCCACACAAGGAAAAUUUAACCGAGAGCAGUUUUACAAGUUUAUCAUCUUCCCUGGCAAGUGGAUUAAGGUCUGGUAUGAUCGCCUUACCUUGUUGGCGUUACUUGAUCGAACUGAAGAUGUCAAGGAAAACGUGCUGGCGGUUUUACUCAUCGUCCUGGUUUCCCUGCUUGGAUUUCUGACACUGAACCGAGGCUUUUGCAAAGACAUGUGGGUGCUUCUCUUCUGCCUCGUCAUGGCCAGCUGCCAGUACUCCCUGUUAAAGAGCGUUCAGCCUGACCCCGCCUCACCAAUCCACGGACACAACCAAAUCAUAACAUAUAGCAGACCAAUCUAUUUUUGUGUGCUGUGUGGCCUUAUUUUGCUUCUUGAUACCGGGGCCAAAGCCAGGUACCCUCCCACUUACAUUGUGUAUGGCCUGAAGCUCUUCUCUCCAGGGUCUCUCCAGUCGGCUAGGGACCUCUUAAUAGUAUUUCUGUAUUGCUUCCCUGCAAUCUCCCUCCUUGGGCUCUUCCCACAGAUCAACACUUUCUGCAUCUAUCUUUUGGAGCAAAUUGACAUGCUGUUUUUUGGAGGUUCUGCUGUUUCGGGGAUGCUGUCGGCCGUUUACAGCGUGGCCCGGAGUGCUUCCGCCGCAGCUGUGCUGCACGUGUUCUGCUUCAGCGCCGUGAGGGAACCCUGGAGCACGCAGCACAUCCCAGCGCUGUUUUCAGCCUUCUGUGGCCUCCUGGUUGCACUUUCCUACCAUCUGAGCAGACAGAGCAGCGACCCCUCUGUGCUCCUGUCCUUUAUUCAGUGCCGAUUGCUUCAUAAGUUUUUACAUCAAAAUCUGGAAGAGUUGGCUGCAGACCCUCUCCCCAAGAAGAUGAAAGAUUCUGUGAAGGAUAUCUUAAAAUCCGAUCUCAUCAUCUGCUCGGUGGCUGCCAUUCUGUCCUUUGCAGUCAGUGCCAGCACUGUGUUCCUGUCCUUGCGACCAUUUCUCAGCAUCGUGCUGUUUGCCCUGGCUGGCGCUGUGGGGUUUGUAACCCACUACCUGCUCCCACAGCUCCGCAAGCAUCACCCGUGGAUGUGGAUUUCACACCCCAUCCUUAAAAACAAAGAGUAUCAGCAACAGGAAGUGAGAGAUGUCACCCAUUUAAUGUGGUUUGAAAGACUCUAUGUUUGGCUUCAGUGUUUUGAAAAAUACAUCUUGUACCCAGCAAUCAUUUUGAAUGCCCUUACUAUGGAUGCAUUUUCAAUAAGCAAUUACCGGAGACUUGGUACCCACUGGGACAUUUUCCUGAUGGUCAUUGCAGGCAUGAAGCUGCUGCGGACCUCUUUCUGUAACCCAGUCCACCAGUUUACUCACUUGGGCUUCACCGUGAUCUUUUUCCAUUUUGACUACAAAGACAUUUCAGAGAGUUUCUUACUGGAUUUCUUCAUGGUGUCCAUUUUAUUCAGCAAGCUCGGGGACCUGCUUCACAAGCUACAGUUCGUCAUGACCUACAUGGCUCCCUGGCAGAUGGCUUGGGGUUCCUCAUUUCACGUGUUUGCUCAGCUCUUUGCAAUUCCUCAUUCUGCCAUGCUUUUCUUUCAGGCAUUUGCCACGUCGAUCUUUUCUACUCCACUGAGCCCGUUUCUCGGGAGUGUCAUUUUUAUCACAUCGUACGUCAGGCCAGUGAAAUUCUGGGAGAAAAACUACAAUACAAGGCGCAUGGAUAAUUCCAACACAAGACUGGUGGUCCAGAUUGAAAAGGAUCCAGGGAACGACGGCAACAACCUCAAUUCCAUCUUUUACGAACACUUGACAAGGGCCCUCCAGGAGUCCCUCUGUGGAGACCUCGCCCUUGGCCGAUGGGGUAACUACAGCUCUGGCGAUUGCUUUAUAUUGGCUUCAGAUUACCUCAAUGCUUUCGUUCACCUGAUUGAAAUUGGCAAUGGUCUUGUCACCUUUCAACUUCGGGGACUGGAAUUCCGAGCUAUUCCUUCGAUCAUUCCACCAACCACCUUGUUAUCACCAACUAAAAGCUUCCUGAGCUUCAGGGUGAUCAAGGUGAACAGAGAGUGUGUCCGUGGCCUUUGGGCGGCGCAGCAGCAAGAGCUCAUCUUCCUCCGCAACUGCAAUCCCGAGCGCGGCAGCAUCCAGAACCACAAGCAGGUCCUCCGGAACCUGAUCAGUUCCUCCUGUGACCAGCCCCUGGGGUACCCCAUGUACGUCUCCCCGCUCACCACCUCCUACCUAGGGACCCACCGGCAGCUGAAGAACGUCUGGAGCGGACCUGUCACCUUGGACGGCGUCAGGGCGUGGUUCCGAACCAAGUGGUUAAGGGUGCGGAAGGACUGCGAUGCUGCCGGCCGGCCCCGCGCGGGCAACAUCGAGGAUGCAGACGGCGGGGGCGCCCCGCCCGUGGGCGGCAGCAGUGCCCCCAGUGGUGAGAGCCGGGAGAGCAGCUCGGAACAGCCCAGGAAGGAUGGGAGCCGCCAGGGGUCACCCCCGGAAGGGACAAGGACGACAGGCAGGAGAAAAGGCAGGACUCAGUCCGUCCAGGCCCCCAGGGCCUUAAGCCAAACACCGCCCAUCCUGCGCUCGUCCGGCCCCAUCGUGGACAGCCACCCAGCCUUCCUGCAGACGUCCACGUCGGUCCGCGAGCUGGCCCAGCGGCUCUCGGGCAGCCGGCUGUCCCUGUGCACCUCGGCGGCGUCCCUGCACUCCCAGCCCCCGCCCGUCCCUGCUGCCAGCCACCUGAGCGUCCGCGAGCGGGCCGAGGCCCUCAUCAGGUCCAGCCUGGGCUCGUCCACCAGCUCCACCCUCAGCUUCCUCUUUGGCAAGAGGAGCUUCUCGAGCGUCCUGGUCAUUUCCGGGCUGUCUGCCGCCGAGGGGGGCAACACCAGCGACACCCAGUCCUCCAGCAGUGUCAACAUCACCCUGGGCCCCUCGGCCAGGACCACCGGCCAGCCCGCACCGCACUUUUCCGAGCCGUGCGAACCCACGGAGGCCACCGAGCAGGGGCUGCUUCGAGAUUGCCACGUGGCCGAGAACCUGCGGGUGACGUGCAGAAGAGCAAGCCAGGAGGACGUGGGCCUGGACGACACAGCCUCCCAGCAGAGCGCUUCCGACGAGCAGUAGCUGAGCUCGGGCCGGAGAAGCCACGCCAUCGGGGAGGGACGCAAGCCGCCCCCCCAGCUUCUCCCCUGCGCGCCCCAAACAGCGCAAAGAAUGAGAGCCAGGAGAUCCAUCCUGUGGAAGAUGAGUGCUGUGUACAAAACAGAAUAACUUGAUCUCAGGUUCCUGAAAAAUAUCUCACGUGAUGAACACAAACCAUGACACCAGGCCUCCCUCCUGCUCCGGCACUCGCGGCCCCAGAGAGGGGGCACGCGGGAAGCACCCCUCCCAGAACUGGAAACUUCAAAUAAAAGCCAUGUUAACAUCUUAAGACAACUCAAGUAGAGUACAUAAAUAACUCCUUCCGGUCCUGAUGAAAGUAAGACAGCUGCAUGCUAAACAAACAACUGGCAUUUUGUAUGUCACUGUUACUGUGAAAAAGAGGCGGACAGCAGUGCGUAUCACACCAUCAGCUGGUCCAGUGUGCUGAUGUUCAGUCUACAUAUAGAGAAACAUCUCACUUCUUUAUAAUAUUUAUGCAGAUGUUAAGUAUAAACCAGUGACAGCUUUACUGCAAAAAAAAAAUGUGAUAGUGCAUGCAGUCACGUCCAGAGCAUCCUGUGAAAGGAGCCAACCAUCCCCAGCAACGUGAGUGCAGAAGUCUAGUUGAGGCAGGUCACGGAGGGCCACCCAGGAAUGAUGCUAACUGCAGUCACAGCAACGUCCUUCAAGAAGCCAGGCCCCGUCUCACCCAGCGCUCCUGUGUGCUUCCCAGGAAUGCACGCCUGUUUCCAAGCCAAGCAAUCCUUACCGUGUCGCAGGACAUUUGCACAUACCUUUGUUUCUGGAAUUAAAAUGUUUACAUUUAUUGCUGUGUCCAGUUGCUUGAGUUCUGCUGAAACUGUUGUCAC